CAUGUGUGAGACGUAAACAUAACACACAAUCACUUGACAUGUUUUGCCACUCAAUCACACAUCACUUCCACACCUGAAGACCAUUCAUGUCAUAAUACAGACAAUACUCUUCGCCUCAAAAUGGAUAUCAAACCCGAAAAUAUGCUUUCAUUGAAAGUGGGUCGGGUUGUGUCCAAACAGACACCAAUCAAGCACUUCAUAGCUCUGGAGGAAUACAACGCAUUCAUCGGAACCGAUGACACACUGGAGACGCUAAACCUGUCGCCAAGUCUGGCCCAAGAGUGGCGUCUUUUACCCCAAAACUUCGGAAACGUAUAUUUGGGCGAAACGUUUGCUUUUGUCAUAAACUGUACCAACGAUUCGGUCAAAGAGAUGGUCACCGAUGUUGUGGUCCGAAUCGACCUCCAGGUCGGCAAUAAGGCCGCCAUUUUGGGCGAAAUGAAAGCAUCGGUUUUGGACGCGAAGCAAAGUCUGAACGAUAUUAUGAAACACGAGGUGAAAGAUUUGGGACCUCAUGUGCUCAUUUGUACCAUUGGUUUCUUCAUGAACUCAACUGAACGGCAAAAUUAUCGCAAAUUCUUUAAAUUUCAAGUCUUGAAACCACUGGACGUGAAGACAAAGUUCUAUAACGCAGAGAGCGAUGAAGUCUAUUUGGAAGCACUGCUCCAGAACUUGACCACAACUCCCAUGUGUUUGGAGAGAGUAAUGUUAGAGCCGUCGCCUUAUUUCGAUGUCAAGCCUAUGAACACAAUUGUGACCGAAGAGGGCUCUGAGCGGUGGGUCUUCGGGAAAGUGAAUCGAUUCAAUAGUCAGGAAUGUCGGCAAUACUUGUUUUGUUUG